CGAAGAUAGUACCCGCUGUUCGAAGCUACUUGGGGCCUAUCUAAUCGGGGCGAGUCUAUUUUUCGAAGUGCAACCUAAUCGGUGAGCAGCCAGCUAGGAGUCGGUAUAAAAGACCCUCGCCAGGCCGUAGAAGACCAGUUGAGUUCCUUUGACUGAACACGCAACAAUCAAGAUGAAGUUCCUGAUCAUCCUCGCCCUGGCCGUCGCCGCCUCCGCCUUCCCCGAGGCCGAGCUGACCCACCGCACUCGCGAGAUGCCCGUGAUUGAGGGUCGCAUCACCAACGGCAAGACCGCCUCCGUCGGUCAGUUCCCCUACCAGGUGGGACUUUCCCUCAAGUUGAGCGCCUACUCCAGUGCCUGGUGCGGCGGUUCCCUGAUCGGCAACCAGUGGGUGCUGACUGCUGCUCACUGCACUGAUGGAGUCCAGUCCGUGACCGUCUACUUGGGCGCCACCGUGCGUACUUCUGCCGAGGUCACCCACACCGUCUCCAGCUCCAACAUCAUCAUCCACUCCGGCUGGAACAGCUCCAACCUGAAGAACGACAUCUCUCUGAUCAAGAUCCCCAGCGUGAGCUACUCAUCCAGGAUCCAGGCCGCUGCUCUGCCCGCCAAAUCUAGCUCGUACUCGACCUAUGCCGGUGAAGCCGCGAUUGCCUCUGGAUGGGGACGCACCAGCGACUCCUCCAGCUCCGUCGCCACCAACCUCCAGUACGCUCAACUUACUGUCAUCACCAACACCGUGUGCGCCAACACCUACGGCUCUUCGAUUGUGACCUCCGGCAAUAUCUGUGUGUCCACCCCCAACGGCGUCUCCACCUGCAACGGUGACUCCGGUGGCCCCCUGGUCCUGGCGUCCAGCAAGGUCCAGAUCGGUCUUACCUCCUUCGGAGCCGCUGCCGGUUGCGAGAAGGGCUACCCCGCCGCCUUCACCCGUGUGACCAGCUUCAGGGAUUGGAUCUCUACCAAAACUGGCAUUUAAUUAAUGGUCAGCGAACUUCAUUAGCAACUUUAAAAAAAUAAAUAAAAAAAAUUCGAAAGAGA